CUGCCUGUCCUUGAGCCCUGCAGUCUUUCUCUGGAAUGACCGUCUUCUGCUGAACGUUACAGCAUGUUGAGCUGGGUGGUAAAAGUUGUUCCCCAGCCCCCAGCACCUCCUGGAACACUGGGAGAGGAGGACAAGACCAACGCUUCAACGGCAACGGAAACUGUAGUGAAAAAGGAGGAAGUAAAACAAGACCCCAACCCUGCCAAGCCAAAUGAGGAGGUCUCAGAGGAAAACAGCUCUCAGACAGGGGUUUUGAGUUGGCUUUCUCAUGGGUUCAACAGUGCUCUCCCUCAGCCAGUGAACACCUCUAAACUGGUGAACACUGAGGCUAAGCAAGAGGAAAAUGCAGUGAGCAACAGUAACACAUCGGAAGAGACUGGAAUGAUAGGCUGGAUUGUGCAGGGACUGGGAAAAGUGGUUCCACAGCCAGAUGAGAAAUACAAGGGUCACACAGACCCAGAGGAGGUCACUGAGCCUGCAGUUGUUCCAGUGGUUAAAGUCGAUCCUCCUGUGCAUGAGAUCAAAGACCUUCAUGAUGCUGAGCCACUCCCUCAUAUUCCUGUGGUGGAAAUUGUGUCUGAUGAGGAGCCAGAUACAGCUAACAUGCCCUUUUCUCCAAGAGUAAUAGAAUGGAUCAAGCAUGGUUUUGAGAAGGUAGUCCCUCAGUCUCCAAUGCAUCUUCAUCCUCCCUCCAGUUCAGAAACCCCAACGCAGAGGCCUGCAUCUGCUCCUCUGAUGCCCUGCAAACAAGAGCCAGCACAUACACCUGCACCUGCACUCACAUCUGCAUCCACACCGGCACCCAAGGCUGCACCUGCACCUGCACCUGCACCUGCACCUGCACCUGCACCUGCACCUACACCUGCACCCAAACCUGCACCUGCACCAGCACCUGUAGCUCCUGAGCCACCCAAAGAUGUUGAGGAUUCAAAAGGCACAGGCAAAGACAAGGAGGUCAAUAUGGUUGGCUGGAUUGUACAGGGGCUAGGUCGCAUGAUGCCGCAACCAGUACUGAAACCAAAAGAGGAGAGCUCUGAUGCUGUUCAAAGCAUCUGCAUCCUGCAGGACCCAUCUGACAUGGUGCUGGAGGAGGUGGACUCAGACUGGGAAACCAUGCAGAGGGAGCAGGCCACCUGGCAGGACAUCCAGGCUGAAGAGCAGGUCCAGCAGGAGAGCACAACUCUGCUGCAAGUGCUGCCCAACAUGCUGCCGCAGGUGCUGGCCAUGCAGGAGCAGGAGGAUGCAGAAACCCAGACGGAACGCUGGACACCUCUGAUUGAGAACAUCAAGAAAGAGGCAGAGGAGACUGCCAUAGCAAGCAUAGAGGAGAGACUACAGCAGGAGCGUGUGGAGGCCGCUCGAAUGGCGGAGGAUCUGGCUCGACAGGCUGCAGAGUUGGCUGUCAGACAGCUGGAGGAAGAGCACAGCACACAGUUCAUCACUGAGCCCAAAGACGAAGAGCCAGACACUGAGGAUCAACUGCCAAAUAUCCAGGAGGAAGAGAAUGAAGAAGACCCAGAGUUACAGCCACUUCAUGAAGAAAGUGAGGAGGAGAAUGAGGAUAGUAAGAUCACAGAGUCCCUGGUGGACGUCUGCCCGGCUGAGCCCUCACCGCAUGAGUCGGAGGCUUCAGAUCAGGCGACCCAAAGCCCACCACCCCCAGCAUCACCACAGCAAGCGGAUAACACAUCAUCAAAGACAAAUGCACUCUCUCCACCAGUGACCACCCAGCCUGAGCCCGCCACCUCUCAACCUCCUCAUGCCGACAAGGAAGAGGAAACUCCUGACGAAGGAUGCGGAGAGUGCACUCAUGUGCAGCCAGCACUGAAGGUGGAGGAAGUGGAUGAUGGAGAGGUGACCUUGCCCAGAAUCAUUAUCCGCCCAGAGUCAGACUCAGUGACCCUCACCAUUCCUGUAUUGAAUCUGACUUCCCACAGCAAAGUUAUGGAUUCAGGGAGAAUGCCCGAGUCUCAAGAAGAGACAGUUCUUGGUGAAUAUGAAGUUGACCUAAAGGCAACAUUGCAGAAGGAUGUAGACCAGACUGAUCUACUGGGUGUGGAUGAAUACAUUGAGCGGCCCAUUUCUGCAGCCAGUCAAACUAGUAUAGUCAUGAAUGAGCGUCUGCAGGAGCUGGUCAGGCUGUUUAAGGAGCGAACAGACCGUGCGAGAGAGAAACUGAUUGAUCCUGAUGAGUCCGAUCACGAAAGCCCCUCAGCAUCUCCUGCCAAAAAGCCUGGAGCAGCUCCACCUCCACCGCCACCUCCUGAAGAGAAGAAAGAGAAAGAUGCUGAAGAGGAGACAGAAGAGGAGCCGCAAUUCUAUGAGUUUAUGGGUUACAAGUUUGAAAUUCCCCAGAUUCCUGAUUGGCUCAGAGUCAUCCUGGAGUUUCGUUUCCCAUCCAGUAUUGACCCCUACACAGAUUUGAUCUAUGUGGUAUGGCUGUUCUUUGUGACUCUCGCAUGGAACUGGAAUGUUUGGCUUAUCCCUGUGCGCUGGGCUUUCCCAUACCAAACCCCUGAGAAUAUCCACUGGUGGCUGUUUAUGGACUACCUCUGUGACACCAUUUAUAUUCUUGACAUCCUGGUCUUUCAGCCCAGACUACAGUUUGUGAGAGGGGGGGACAUUGUGUGUGACAAAAAGGAGAUGCGAGAGCACUACAUGCAAACAGAGCGAUUUAAGAUGGAUGUGAUCAGUCUCUUUCCCUUGGAAAUCCUGUACUUCUUCACAGGUGUCAAAUCGGUCUUGCGGUUUCCUCGCCUUCUAAAGUACAAUGCAUUCUUUGAGUUUAAUGAUCGUCUGGAAGCUGUGAUGAGCAAAGCCUACAUUUACAGGGUGAUCCGGACGAGUGCAUACCUGCUGUACUCUCUGCACUGUAAUGCCUGUAUUUUCUAUUGGGGUUCUGAUUAUGAGGGUCUGGGCUCAACCAAAUGGGUCUACAAUGGCAAAGGAAACAGUUAUAUCCGCUGUUACUACUUUGCUGUGAAGACUCUGAUAACCAUCGGAGGUUUGCCUGAUCCCACCACUGUCUUUGAAAUCGUCUUCCAGCUUGUCAACUACUUUGUGGGAGUCUUUGCUUUCUCCAUCAUGAUUGGUCAGAUGAGAGAUGUAAUUGGAGCCGCCACAGCGGGUGAGGCCUACUACAGACACUGUGUGGACAGCACUGUAAAGUACAUGACAUCUUACAAGAUUUCCCGCGAGGUCCAAAACAGAGUGAAGACCUGGUACGACUACACCUGGAAGUCGCAAGGCAUGCUGGAUGAGCAGGAGUUGCUUAUUCAGUUACCUGAAAAGAUGCGUCUUGACAUCGCUGCAGAUGUUAACUUCUCCAUUGUCAGUAAAGUGGCGCUUUUUCAGGGAUGUGACAGACAGAUGAUAUUUGACAUGCUGAAGAGGCUAAAAUCUGUGGUGUACCUUCCAGGAGACUUUGUGUGUAAAAAGGGUGAAAUCGGCCGAGAGAUGUACAUUAUCAAAGCAGGAGAGGUGCAGGUGGUGGGCGGGCCUGAUGGGAAGACGGUGUUUGUGACUCUGAGAGCCGGCUCUGUGUUUGGGGAAAUCAGUUUGCUGGCAGUUGGUGGUGGGAACAGACGAACAGCUAAUGUGAAAGCCCACGGUUUUGCCAACCUCUUCAUCCUGGAUAAGAAGGACCUAGCAGAAAUCUUAGUACACUACCCCGAUUCCCAGAAACUACUGCGCAAAAAGGCUAAGAAGAUGCUGACCAAAGAUAAGAAGCCUGCAGAUGAGAAGGGCGAGGUUAAAGAAACAGCUGAGGUCAUUCCUCCGCGGCCAGAGACGCCCAAACUUUACAAGGCUGCCCUGAAAGUUGGCACAGGAGAGACUUUCACCAAGCUGAAGGAAGUGUAUAAAGGAGCAACUCUGGAGCCUGUCUCUGGCAGUGCCUCCAUUGGUCCUGUUCCCCCUCCUUCCCCCAUCCACCGGCGUUCACCCAUUCCCCGCCAUCGUGUCCUGGAUGAAGACGACAUGGUAUCAGAAACCACCGACAGCACCAUGAUCAUCCGCAUGACUCCCCGGGUGGAGGGAGAAGAGAUCCUUUCUGUGGAAGUGGCCACUGCUGAGAGAGUGGACAUGGGUUUGGAAGAGCCAAGCAAAACUGAAGAAGAGAAGUGAGAUAAAGGAAGAGGGCAAAGAGAAGGAGUAGAGUAGGGAUAAAGAAGCAAGCUUGAAUAAAAGCCCAGUAUUUGCAACCCUCUUGUUUUUUUCUAUCAGGUCCUGGCAAACAUGUUCUAAUUCUCUACCUGUCUUUUAGAGUCCAAUUUACCUCACCUUCAAAGGGGUCAUAUCAUAAGCAAUAAAAUUUUUCUUGAUCUUUUGAGAUAAAACUUCUUGAUGUACUAUGAAAAUGUACUUCAGACCACAAAGCUUUCUCCCUGGUCCAAAAAACAGCAUUUAAUGAAACUAAUCUGCAAAAUUGACUCAGAAUCUUCUGACUUCUGCAACUUUGUUUUACAACAUUUACAAGUAAAUGAUGCUAUUGGAUGAUCAGAAACGUUCCUCGAACCUUGUGCUGCUUCUGCCUGUGUGUAGCACCUGCUGCUCUGCAUUUCUUUCUGAAGGAUCUCAACAUUAGAUAUGAGCGGCUAAAGUUUAUUUUAAAAAAUGUCCCUUUCAGUCUGAUCUUAACAGUCUGAGUGACCCAUUUCAGCACAUUAAGUUUUUUGAUCCUGUCACAAUGUAAUGCAAACUUCAAAAAGAGGCUGCUAUUGAAUGAUGAGGCAAGCUAAAAUGAUCAAAAAUUCUUAACAGUUAAUCCACAAGACAGAUUUACAUGAAAGAUUUUUACACAACAGCAUAAAACAGACUAACAGACUAUUCUAAGGCUCAGAGAGGUUGGUUGUGGAAAAACAGAUUUUUGUGCAGAAACUUUACUAACAGCAUAAGUGAACCCUGAUUUAAUGAAAAUUACAUGACAGUGGUGACAUUUUGUGCAAAAUAAGAUUACGCAUACACAUAUUACACACAUCGAGGCAGUUCUCAGGUGAAAUGUUCACUGAGUUGCGCCAUAGACAAUUUAGCAGAGACGGGACACUUUUAUUAAAAUUAAUGGGAAAAAUUAGAACACCCAACCAAGGAGCUCUAGCGCCCAACUGUCAACGGAUGUAGAAAGGAAGUCCUACCUUACAGGUAAAAGAUCCAAUCACCUUUUAGAUACAGACAUUGCUUGUCAAUCAACUUGAAAAUGCGCAUGCGCAUUAGCAUACAAGCCGGGAAAAUUGUGUUUUUUAGCGUAAUAUGAGGUAAAAAAAUCACAAUUUAUGAUACCAGUUUUGUCAGAUUUUACUGCUGAUUUAAAAUAUGUUCUUUGAUUGUAAUCUAGACCAACCAAGUUUUUUGAGAUUUCAGUGUUCCCCCAUUCAAAUAGAUAGGAGCUGUACUGGCAUGCUCCUGGGAGCGUUCCAAAGAUGGCCGACAGUAGACUGACUUGCUAGAAAGACUUCGGUGGCGCUAAAAGCAAGUUAAAUUUGACAAAUGCAAGUACUGUAGGCAUAUCUGUAGACCGGAGAUCUCCAAAUAGGGCCGGAAUCUCUGAAUGGGGCGGGGUUACUCUUAGCAGGAGGUUGCUCCAACUCCACAAAUGGGCGUCACUUCCACACACGGAUAGGGUUAGAGAAAGGGUUGGGUUAGGUUAGGGGCUCUCUAUAUCUUUGCUGGCAGUUUGGAGCUCCUGCCCCUUUUCGAAGCUCUGCCUGCAGCUAUAUCCUUCUCGACAGAUCAGGUGUUAUAGGUUAAGGCUCUAUCGAGUUUAAAUUAACAAAUCUUACCUCCAUACCCUUAACCUUAAACCUAAACCUAACCGAUAAAGUCAUAAAAAUCUAAUUUGAGAUGAAAGACACAAUCACGUAAUUUUGUAGUGCUUUAUGACACUUUUGCCUCUCGUGUCUACUUGCCUGCUCUUCAGGACUCCAGUCCUUUGCAUUGCAAGUGCAAUGCUUGGUUGAGCUGUUGGGGAAUUUAACCGCACUAAAACAAGCUUGUAAAUCUAGUUGGUUGUGUAAUGCAAACGUUACAAUAUAUCACCUUACAAGUCAUGCGCUAUAGAAAAAAGUGUUUAUAUGUCAUAAGAUAGCAUUUUGUGAGAAACGGGGGAAAGUAAGUGUUUAUGAACUGAUAAUCUGCCCUUUAAUUUAUAAUUUGUGCGAAAGGGAAUAAAUAUCUUUUAUGUUUUAGCACCUCUAGUGUUCAUUUCACCAGGAAAAAUUUGCAGAAAUGUAUAGUAACAUGGAUCUGUGAGACCAGGUUGUGGACCAAAGGGGAAGCAAUAUGACAUGACCCCUUUAAAGACAUAGUUGGCCUUAUGUUUCUAGUACUAAAGGACUAUUAGGGUCAGCAGAUCUCCCUGUAUAAUGGAAAGUAAUCUUGACUAAUUUCCGCAGCACAUGCUGCUCUAACUCCAAGACUGCGACUCUGCAUCUUGUUCCAACUUCACUGUCCCUUACGUUAUUCCCUUAGCAAAAUCCCUCUGUAAACACAUUGUACACACAUACACAGCAAAGCACCAAUUCAUAUUGCAAUUUACAGUUGCAUGCAACCUGCAACCUGUAAUUUCUGGUUAAACUAUUUACGUUGACAAUUUGUUUUCUAGUCGCAUUGUAUACAAAUACAUUGUAUUAUUGUUGUGUUGCAAAUAAUGUACUCCAGUGUGAAAGGUAUUUUCAUGCUUAUUUGAAUACAAGUAUUACAUUUCUUUAAUAAGUUGAGUCAAGAAAACUGUAUAAAUGUGUUAUUCCCUCUCAUAAAAGAUUGUAAAACUCGGCUGCAGAGUGCAGGGAUGUUAGCUGUAUCACAUGGCGAAGAUAUGCUAUUGUAUUUGUAGGUAUGCAGUUAGUUUGUCUAAUCCGCUGUGAAGGGCCCUCACUUCACUGGAUUUAUCUGAUACACUGCUGAUAUGCCCAUGUGUUUGGAGAUACACUCAGAGUACUAAUCAAAUAGCAAUGAUUUUUCACUGUUUCCAGGUCAGUUCAUGAUGAUCUGCUGCUGUGACUAGGCACCAAAGAAUCUAUAAAUGGAAAGUUACAACAUACUUGUUGUUUGUGUGAGUGGAAAAUACACAAAUACACAUCAUUCAGGUCUCAGACUGCCCUGAUUCCUUCAUAACAGGUUAAAUGAGGAAUACAAAGGAAUUAGGUUGAUUGUGUGUAAUAUUUUGUAUGUUUUUAUACAUAAAGUAGACUUAAAAGUGAA